AUGUAUUAACCAAAAAAGUCACAACAUAAUUAAGUAUCAAAAGAUUGGUAAACUAUUUGGAAAUUAAGAGAAACAGACUUUAUAUCUCAUUUUUUAGUAUCUAAAUCUGGAAAUCUUGUGGCUUUUGUAAUUGAAGGAAAAAAACUAUAUGUGAUUAGCCUUUUAACAAAAAAGAUCAUUUUUGAAUUGACUUUUGUGAAAUUUUAAUUAUAUGAUUUACAAUUUACUUCCGAUGAAAAAAAGAUAUGUAUAGCAUAGGAAGAAAGCAAAAGUUUGAGAAUUAUUGAAUUAAGCACAAGAUCUGAAAUCUGUUACAAAUUACCUUAAAGUUUUCUUCCUCUUGAUAGUUAUAUACUAGUUGAAUAAGAAAAAAAGAUAUAUUUAUAUUAAAAUGAUGCAUUAAAAUUAAUAGAUUUGAAUUAAGAGAAUCUAGAAUUAAUAUUAUAGUUUGAUGGUGAAUAUAGAGUUCUUCAAAAAACUAGCAUGGAUUUCAUUAUUAAUAUAGCAUUCUAAAAUCAAUUAUAAGUUAUGUAUUUGAAAAAUAAUUUUUGCAAAUAGAAACAUAAAUAUAUAGAAAGUAAUAAAAUAAUUCAUUUUACUGAAUCAAAUCAAUUAUUGUCAAUAAUUACUUAUGAAAAUAACUAUUAAUUAUUCUUGAAGAAUUUAUAAUGUAAAAAAUUAAUAAGAAAAUUUUCUGAUAAAGUCUUAUAAAAUAUAUGUGAUAUCAAAUAUUCUUAAAAUAGAAAAUACUUAUUUUUGAAUACUGGAAAUAGUUUGAUAAGAUGGAAUAUAACAACCUCAAAAAUAUCUAAAUUAUAAGUUUAAAAUAAUGUUUUUGAAAAAAUGUGGAUUGAAGGUAAAAAUGAAAUAUAUAUUUUGAAUUCAAAUAAUCACAUUCAAAAAGCUUCAUGCGAUUUUUGA